AUGUUGAUGCUGCCCUCCGCCGUCACCGGUAUAUCGUCCAAAUAUUCCACGCCAUUUGACUUGGGUCUUCCUCUUGCCCUGGAUCUGUCCGACCUCAAGUUCGCCAUGCCCACCCUCGACGAGCAACAACCAGUGGGCAUGGAAGCACAGCACCCGACUACCGAGAGCCCAUCUCUCGUUGGGUAUCCCAGAUUCUCAAACUUCACCGCCCCCCCAUACGAUCCAUUCUCUUCAACCGGACGCAUGUCGCCAUCAGAUCAUCAAGAGCGCCUUCGCUCCCGAAUGCCUCUGGAACUCCAUAGUGCCACUCGUGGCCUUCCCCGGUCCGUGCCGGGUGAGGGGCUAAGGCCGUUGUCCUUCACGUCGACGACAUCCAGUAUCUACUCGAAUGAGCCACCUGUUUACGCUCAACACGAUCUUCUAGCCCGCUCAAAUCCAGAAGAUCCCUUACGGCGGCAGAGCCAAGAAGGCUAUGGCAAUCGCUCUGACUCACCUACGAAUCGAAGCUACGGUGAAUACGAGAUCGAAAACAGCAAUCGGCGAAGUUCGGAUAUGAGUAGACCAGCCCCACGUUAUCAUACCCGAAGGCGACCGUUCAACCAGGACGAAUUUGAUGGACCGUCGCAACUUCUGCCCUUGCCCCUUCCUCAGCAGGAGCUAGCUCGAUCACAGGAGCUCCCAAGCCUGCCAGUCAAUCUCAAUGUUCAAGAGCAGGACGAAAUCAUGCAGCAUGUCAACGACGUUCUUUCUCAAUGCGCGUUCCAUUUUAUUGCCAAAUACCAGUUCCCUAUUCCUCUCGAGAGGGACAAGCCCAGAGUGAGAGCACCUACGGACCGCGAAUGGACCGAGUGGGCCUACCUUCUGAAGAGACUAGCCACCAAGAGACGCAUUCCUGCCCGCGUGCUAUAUGAAAACCAGAUCAAGCAAUUCGUCACCACGCUUGAGAACUCGAUCGCGGCGCGCGUGAACCGCGACCAGCAGUCGCGAGUACCCAGGGGCGAUAGAUACAUGUUACAGCUUGUGAGUGCGGGCACCCAAGUCGCAAAGAUCCUCAUGGACUCGCAGUCCAUGGAGCAACUCGACAACCUUUACACCCAGACCGAAUCAGUAAUACUCGAACGACGAGCCAGAGCACGCUUCCAGUAA